AUAAACCAACGCCCCAGUAUUGAGGCGCGGCUUUAGUGGCGCGGCUCUAGUGGAGCGUUUUAGUGAAGUUGCACGUGAAGACCAGCUGUGGCCGGAGCCCGGUGAGUGCGACCCGAGACCGGGGCUCCGGGGCUGUACCCGGGACUGGGUUGCGGCGGGGGCCGCUACAGGCGGGACCAGGGCGGAGCCGCGAGGCCUGGCGAGCACCAGUGGAGAGGGCUCCGACGUCGCGCGGCGGGGAGACUAACUGGGGACUCGGAUCCUCGUUGCUAUGCAACAGGGGGCGUCGUUAGUAGGCCCAGCCAUGGCAGGCUCAGGCAGCAGUUCACCACGGGGCAGGCAUCUGUUCGAAGUCGCCCUGAUGUUCCUAGUGGCCCUCCUCCUCCUCCACUCGGCGUCAUCCCAGUCCCAUCGAGACUUUGUGCCACCAGGCCAGCAGAAGAGGGAGGCCCCCGUUGACCUCCUGAGCCAGAUAGGGCGAUCUGUGCGGGGAACCUUGGAUGCCUGGAUUGGGCCAGAAGCCACGCACCUAGCUUCUGAGACCUUGGCUCAGGUGAUGUGGGCGGUCUCAUCGGCCAUCUCCGUGGCCUUCGUCACUCUGUCUGGGAUUGCCGCCCAGCUGCUGAAUGCCUUGGGGCUAGAAGGAGAUCGCCUCACCCAGGGCCUGAAGCUCAGCCCCGGCCAAGUCCAGACCUUCCUGCUGUGGGGGGCGGGGGCCCUGGUUGCCUAUUGGCUGCUGUCCCUGCUCCUGGGCUUGGUCUUGGCCUUGCUGGGGCGGAUCCUGUGGGGCCUGAAGCUCACCCUCUUCCUGGCCGCUUUUGUGGCCCUGGUGAGGUCAGUGCCCGACCCUUCCACCCGGGCCUUGUUCCUCCUGGCCUUGCUGACCCUCUUCGCCCUGCUGAGCCGGCUCACGGGCACCCGCGCCUCGGGGGCCCAGCUGGAGGCCAAGGUGCGGGGGCUGGAGCGCCAGGUGGAGGAGCUGCGCUGGCGGCAGAGGCGAGCGGCCAAGGGGCCCCGGAGCGCGGAGGAGGAGUGACAGGGAUGCCGGACGAUGCCACCUUCCUCAUACCAAAGAGCCUAGCCGCUUCUGGGUCACACAGCCCUCCUUCCAGCCCCCCCCCCGCCCCUUUCUUGCUCUGUCUCCAAACCCUAUCUCUGCACCAGCCCCCUUAGCCGAGAGAGAGAGAAAGACCAUGCCCCCCGCUGGUCCUCAGGGGCCCUGUCCUCUGUGGUUCUCUGUCUGGGGUUGGUUCUCCUCACCCUUUCUCUGCUCCCACCCGUCUCAGCCAGGGGAAGGUGGGGCCUCCCGCCAGCUUCUGCAUCUCCUCUCAGCAGACACCCCCUGAUCACUGCCAGUGGCUCCCAUGACUCAGCUGCUGCCUUGCCUUCCUUCGAUACUCUUGCUCUUCUGUCCUCCUCUAGCUCCUCCCCUGCCAAGUCCCCGGCUUCCUUCCUGCUUGUCUUCUCCUUCUAGCCCUGUACUCCAACCAAACCACAGUCCCUCAAGGCAUGCCCCUGUCCCCUUCAUUGCCCAGCUUGGGGAAGAGGCAGGGCAUUUGGGGCCUGAGGGGAAGGGAAGUGGGGAAGUUCCAGCCUGGGGCCCGGGCCGGGACGUACGUUGAGUCUGUUACAAGUGCCUUAAUCCGAGCCAGCAGGGCCCUCUGCUUGCCCGCCGCCGUACUGUAUGUAGGAAGCUGCCCUGUAGCUGCUUUGUGUCAAGAGGAAAGUGGUUCCUCUCGGAAUCUUGAUUUCCCUUCAGCCAGAGCAGAAGAUGACUGCUUCGUAGGCUUGUGCCUGCGAGUAGGACCCUGCAGUGGCCAUGAGAUCCCCUGUGGGGAUUUCAGAGACCCUGAAGGAGGAAGGAGGGUUCAUCUUCCUGUCUGCGCAGCUCCGGGCGGUUCUCCAUCUCUCUCUUCAUCACUGCCACCAAGGAGUUCGCUGAUCAGUGGCCUAGGAGGAGCGCAGAGCAGACCGCAGAGAUGCACCUCACAGACCCUUCCCUUCUCAUGCUCUUCGGCUGCUCCCUCCCCACCAGGGCGCUCGUUCUUCCUUCGAGGCUUUGGCGGAGGUGGAUGGCCUCCUCUGCCGGGCCCCACGCGUGAUGUGAAGAGUAGACAAGUGCCCAGUUCUUACUGUUGAGGUUGGAUAUGGAAUCACAGCUGCAGUGAAAUAUAUUUUUAUCAGCGCUUGGUUGGUUUUAAAUAAAGUGCACGCUAUUUUAUU